UUAUUUUUAGAGUUUAAUGGAUAUGCACCGAAAGUGCAAAAUAGUUUUAAGAAAAAAUCUUAAACGUAACCAGAAAGUAGUGAACAAACAAGCCUCCCCCAACACUCUCGUUUUCUAGGGUUUCUGCGUCCUUCGUCUAAGAAGAACACAACAGAGCGGUGAAUUAGGGUUUCGAGCUCGCGGAAAUGGUGAAGAAUCAGAAAGCAGAUCUAGGCCGAGCCUUGGUGCGGCAACACAACCAGAUGGUGCAGCAAACCAAGGAGAAAGGUCGCUUCUAUCGGAAGAAGGUUCUCGAAUCCUACACCGAAGUCUCCGAUAUCGACGCCAUCAUCGAACAAAACGAUGAACCGAAUCUCGAUUUCCCUCCCUCUGUUGCUCCUCCCACCGUCCUCAUCAACCUGGACCGAGACUCUGGCUCUAGCGUUGCCACGCCUGAAGAAUCGAGGAAGCUGCGGAAGAUUGAGGAAGCUCAACAUGCUAGCAGUCUCCGAGUUCCACGCAGGCCGGCGUGGAGUGCUGAAAUGUCCGCGGACCAGCUUCAUGCCAAUGAAACACAGUCUUUCUUGACCUGGCGUCGCAGCCUAGCGAGGCUUGAGGACAAUAAGAGGCUUGUCCUUACUCCGUUUGAGAAAAAUCUUGACAUCUGGAGACAGCUCUGGCGGGUUGUUGAGCGUAGUGAUUUGCUUGUUAUGGUUGUUGAUGCACGAGAUCCACUAUUCUAUCGCUGCCCUGACCUUGAGGCAUAUGCUAGAGAGGUUGAUGAGCAUAAGCGCACAUUGCUUUUGGUUAACAAGGCAGAUCUUUUACCUGCUUCUAUCAGGGAGAAAUGGGCAGAAUAUUUCCGUGCUCAUGAUAUUCUCUUCAUCUUCUGGUCAGCUAAAGCUGCUACUGCAACUCUGGAAGGCAAAAAGCUUGGUUCAUCAUGGGAGGCUGAUAAUUUGGGGAGAACUGAUAACCCAGACACAAAGAUAUAUAGAAGAGAUGAACUUUUGGGCCGCUUGCAAUCAGAGGCAGAAGAGAUAGUAGAACGCAGGAGAAAUUCAGGCUCCUCUGAUACAGGGUCUUCUUCCAUUAAGUCCUCUAGUGAAAGUGCUUCUGGUAGUUCACCGUCAAGUAGUGUCACUGUGGGAUUUGUUGGAUAUCCUAAUGUGGGUAAGAGUUCAACUAUCAAUGCUUUGGUUGGUGGAAAGAAGACUGGUGUCACGUCUACCCCAGGGAAAACAAAGCACUUUCAGACAUUAAUUAUUUCUGACAAACUGACCCUUUGUGAUUGUCCCGGAUUAGUUUUUCCAUCUUUCUCAAGCUCAAGAUACGAGAUGAUUGCUUGUGGGGUGUUGCCUAUUGAUAGGAUGACUGAACACAGGGAAGCUGUCCAAGUUGUAGCUGAUAGAGUUCCAAGACAUGUCAUAGAGGGGGUUUAUAAGAUCACUCUUCCUAAACCCAAGUCAUACGAGUCCCAAUCCCUCCCCCCUCUUGCAUCUGAACUCUUGAGAGUAUACUGUGCUUCUCGUGGGUAUGUCGCCUCUAGUGGACUGCCUGAUGAAACUAAGGCUGCUCGUCAGAUACUGAAAGAUUACAUUGAUGGGAAGGUGCCGCACUAUGAAAUGCCCCCUGGUGUGUCGAGUGAGGAACAAGCUUUGGAAGAUCCCACUGGACAUGACUCAGAUGACUUGCACGACUCGGAUUUGUCUGGUAUUGAAGAUUCUUUGGACGGUGAGAGUGAACAAGCUCCAAAUCUUGAACACGUAUUGGAUGACCUCAAAUCAUUUGACCUGGCUAAUGGAAUUGCUUCACAGAAAGUUACUAAGAAGUCAAAGGCACCUCAUAAACAGCAUAAAAAGCCCCCGAGGCAAAAAAGUCAUUCUUGGAGAGCAGGGAAUGACGGUACUGAUGGGACGCCAAUUGCAAGAUUCUUUCAGAAACCAGCUAAUACUGGUCCAGUGAAGGUUUGAUAAGGCCAUGCCCUCUUGUUUUUCUGCAAAACCUUGUCUGUUAGACCCAUACACACAUAGUUAUAGUUACUCUGAGGUGAACUAUAAAUAAUGUUUGCGUGUAAGUUGUAAAGCGUUGCGGAGAUAAAUGAUGGAGGCAUCGCAAUUCCACUGAAGAUCCUCCUAAGAAGGGGAAGGUGUUUGUGAAAAUAUCGUGUAUUCACAUUAAUGAGUUAAUGUUUUUAUUAAUGGGAUGAAAAUGAUGUCAUUUGUUUGGCAAAUUGGUUACUCUCAUAAGUCUGUGAAGCCAUUUCUGUGUUUUCUCCA